AGCUGAAGGCGAAGCUUAUACUGUCAAAAUUUCUAGUCAACCCAGUUGGAAAAAUGUUCAGCUGGAAUUCGAGACGCUAUUGGGAUUUAUGGCCCUACGAGCUGCCGCUACAUCACUUUCCGGGCCAGCCAGAGCUGACGCAAGAACCGCCAUUAGAGCGGCAACAACGACCGCUAGUGCACUUCCUGCAGCCAAACGAACUGCCGCCUGCCGAGAAUGAUGACAUAUAUCAGGUGUUCAACUUUAUGAACCGCUGCUAUUUGUUGGCCGGCAUCUUUAUGGUCAUCACGGUGUUCCAAUGGCUGCUGUUUACCCUCCUGGUGAAGCAGAAGGGUUUAUUUGUGCUGCCUGGAUUUAUCUGUCUGCUAUUGGCCUUCACAGCGCUAAUGAUGCUUACCUUCUGCUUGCAGCUGCGCUCCAAUCGCUGGUUCGGCUGCAUCUUUGCCUGGCUCUUUGUGGAGACCGUCGCGUUGAGUGUGAUACUGCUGCUACCAGUGCGAUCGAUACAAAACAUCUCGGUGGCGCUCGUUGCGGCUCUUAUAGUUCUCGCUGUGUGCUAUUUUCAGGGAGCAUGGCUGCCCAUGUUUAUUUUGCCCGGCGUGAUAGUAUUGGUCGUGGUGCUCAUUGUGUUUGCAGCUCUGGCCGGAGUGGUGCUCAUAUUGUUUAUACUCACGGAUCAGUCCGUAUACCGAGUUGUUUAUUUUGGCCUCAUUCUGUUUGUAACGCUGCCCAUGUCCCUAUUUCAUGCCCAAGUCAUACAUGGUCGUAGAUAUAGGCUACCCAAGGAGGCAUUUUUGAGCUGUGCAGUUAUCAUUUACAUGCAUUUCAGUCUAUUCUUCAUGGCGUUCUACUACCUCAUCUGGGUGCACAAAUGGUGAGCGUCAAUCAACAGUAAAUAAUAAAGAAAUAUUUGCGGAUGUCAGAUGUGUUUAAUCGAAUAGUGUA